AACACAUUUAAAAUUAUAUAAGGAAAAUGUUUAAUACUCGUGAAAAAAUUAUAAUUCAAAGACAUCGACCUACGUUUGGACCAAAGAGUCCCAAGUAUAAAUCUACAUGGAUUCCUACGGGUAGCUACUUACGUGAGUUUUCGUCAAUUACAAGCUUACACGGUAUCAUGUACUUGGGUGAACCUAAAAGACCUCUAUUAGAAAGGAUUUUCUGGUGCGGUGUUAUGUCUUUGGUAAUAACUCUAUGUGGUUUACAAAUAUAUCAACUUUUUAAUAACUGGUUGAGUAGUAGAACGAUAUUGGCAUUGGACAAUAAUAAAUAUAACAUAUGGAAUCUACCAUUUCCGGCUAUAACAUUUUGUAGUGAUAUUCAGCUUCGGAAUAUUAGCAACAAAUCACUUAAAGAUGAUGUAUUCAACAAAGAACUCGAGGAUGCAAUAAAUAUAUUAUGUCACGAAUUCGAUUUUGAUAGGGAUGUGACUUUAAAGUAUAUCGAUCCAAAAAUUUGGCAGUAUUUAAUUCAGUACCACAAAGUAAUGUGUACGGAAAUCGUUUCGACGUUGUAUUGGAUACACGAUGAAAUACAAUCACCCUGUAAUUUUAUUCAACCGAUAAUAACAUCGUUUGGUCUUUGUUAUUCAAUAAAUAUGGUACCUCUCCGUCACUUAUUCAACGACAAGUAUCUACAAACCAUGUCUAGUUUUAAUCUCACUCAAACGGAUAUCAUAGAUAAGAACAAUGAAACUAAAUGGACUCCCGAAAUGGGUUAUAGUCAAAAUUCUACUUCGUUCGACAUACCGUGGAGAGUUACGGGCGACACCGUCGAAAAUGCCGUUCGAGUACUUUUUACGUUAAACAAUAAGAAUUCUGAAGACAACUGUCCGAAAUCAGAUUCUGGGCUGACGUUAAUUCUACACAACCCAGCAGAAGUGCCAAUUGGUAUUCAACCUACAGCAUACGUUAAAGGAAAUACCAUGUUGUCCAUUUCGUUGUCCGUAACUCUAUUCCGUACAUCACCAAAAAUCAAUACAUGGGAACCAAAUCUUCGGCAUUGUUAUUUUCAACACGAGAAAAAAUUGAAAUUUUUUAAAAUAUAUACACUUCAACAUUGUGAAAUUGAGUGUAGAGCCAACAUUACCUACAAUCAAUGUGGCUGUAACGCUUACUAUCAGCCUAGAGAUCCAGAGGUUCCGGUAUGUGGCACAAGCAAAUUUGAUUGCAUCAGAGAAUCGUCAACCAUAAAUUACUCAAUAUUUGACAAAGAAGUGAAGACGUCAAAUAAUAUGGAGAGCUGUAAAUGUUUGCCACCUUGUAUGGACAUCCGAUAUCAACAUAAUACUGUGGAAUUUUCAAGAAAUUGGACUACCAACUCUACAGUUAAAAAACCGAAACUUACUGAAAAUACAGCUGUGGUAACCAUGUACUUUAAUAAGAAAACUGUCGUUGACAUUCAAAAAACUCCAUUGAUGCCAUUCAAUGAUCUCUUAGGUAAUAUAGGAGGCUUAUUUGGGUUAUUUCUUGGCUGCAGCAUAGUAAGUUUCUUUGAGAUUAUAUAUUUUUUUGUUAUACGAUUUUAUUUUAACCGACGAAAUCAAAACAAGGCGAAAUCAAAGGUAAUUCCACAUUUUAUUAUUGAAUGAUAACGGAAAAAUCAUAAUAUUAUUAAUAAAACUAUAAAAAUAUUAUAAUGCUCGGAUUUCAAUUUACUAUCUAAUAAUGCACUUACACGAGUACAAUAAUAUUAAACAAAUUAUAAUGUCACACAUUACUG